ACUUUCAUAUUAUAAUGCUUACUUAGACUAUUUUCCGUGUUUUGAAUACAUGUCUGUAUAUUUUAGGAGUGGUAAAACUGUUGGUUCCAGUCCUUGGUUGACGAUCUUUAUUUCUCUCGUUAUUUGUGGUCUGUGUUUAAUUGGCUUUCUCAGAUUCAACCAAGAAAGCAGGAAUGGAGAAUUGUGGGUGCCAAAAGAUUCAAAGGCACAACAUGAUAAAAACUGGAUUGAACAACAUUUCAAGGCUGAACCCACUCCAGUUAGUUUCAUUGAUAUGCAAUCAAAUGUUCUUAACGUUGACGUCAUUCAAAAGAUGUACAAAAUUCAUCAAGAAUUCCUUAACGUCGCCAUAACAUUUCAGAAUAAAACACUCAGAUGGAAAGACAUGUGUUUCAAGAUUGGCGAUAUUUGUUCUUUAAAUUCAAUAUUGGAAAUAUGGUCGUUUGACGGGGAUAAAAUACAAAGAUUAAAACGAAACGAUCAAGUCUUAAAAGAUAUUAACAACAGACCAUUUCUAAGCCCCUAUUCCAAGAGUCCGUUCAACAUUAAACAAGUUUUAUCGAACAUCCAAUAUGACAGCAACGGAAAGAUUUCUGGAGCAAAAUUAAUAAAAACAACUUACUUUAUUGAAAGACUCCCUGGUUUAGUUAAUCCUGCUAAUGAUGUUGACCCUAGGGAGGAAAAAUGGGAGAAAGCUUCAGAAAAUAUCAUUGUGAAGAAUAACAUUUCGCGAUAUUUUACCAGAAGGAAAUUUGACAAAAUUUCCUCCAACGCAAUUGAUGGAGACGCCAUUCUUCUUUCAAGUGGCUACUUAGUUGUCUUUCUAUUCGUUGUCGUAAUUCUUGGAAAAUUCACUCGAUUGGAAAUUAAGGCAUGGCUUGCUCUUGGUGGAAUAGUAAGUGUUGGACUAUCAAUUGGUGUAUCCAUAGCUCUUUGUAGUGCUUUUGGUUUAUUUUAUGGUCCUGCUCAUGCAGCUUUGCCUUUUCUAUUGCUAGGUAUUGGAGUAGAUGAUCUAUUUGUUAUCGUACAAUCGUGGUCAAACAUUCACCCUGAUAUUCAUAAGACAAAUUCAGUUGAAGAAAGAAUUGGUUUAGCUUUAAAACAUGCUGGAUGCUCAAUAACGAUUACUUCGCUUUCUGAUCUUUUGGCAUUCCUAAUUGGAGCAACCACGAUAAUUCCUGGACUUCGAUCGUUUUGUUUCUUUGCUGCAAUUGGAAUCCUUUGUGACUACUUGUUACAAAUCACAUUUUUUGCUGCCUGCUUAGCUAUAGAUGCUAGAAGAAGAGAUAAACGACGCGAUGGUUGUUGUUGUUGUAUGAUUUUACCUGAAGAUUAUAAACCAAACGAAUGUGGACAGAAAAGUUAUUUACAAAUGUUUUAUGAAAAGAUUGUUGGACCAGGGGUUGUCAAGUUACCUGUGAAGAUCUUUAUAUUCGUAAUGGCUGCUGCUUUACUUGGUGGAAAUAUUUAUGGUUCACUGCAACUAGAACAACAAUUUGAAUACAAAUGGUUUCUUCCUACUGGAACAUCUGUGAGAGAUUUUAUGGACCUUAAUGAUGAGAAUUUUGUUGAGGGUGGCCAACCAACAGUGUUUUAUACUGGAGAGAUUGAUUAUUUCAAAGAACAAAUGCAUCUACAUACACUAAAUAACAAUUUAAAAAAUGAAAGGCAAUACUUGGCAUCAAGCACUAUUGAAAAUUGGUUUGAACAUUAUAUUAAAUGGUUAAAUAAAACAAAACCCGAACUACUACACAUUUCAAAUAUGACAGUUUCUUCAAAAGAGCAGUUCUAUAAACAACUGAAACUUUUCAUAAACAGUAAAGAAGGAAGUCGUUACAGAAAUGACAUAAUAUGGAACGAAAAUUCAAACGAUAUUACAGCCACAAGAAUACGAGCAUUCAUUAGAAUUUUUAGAAAGUCACAAGAUCGCGUUGCAGCAAUGAAUAAUCUUCGUACUUUAAUUGAAAACAUUGAGUUCAGUUCGAGACCCAGGGUUUAUGGUGACUGGAUUUUGUUUGCUGAAACAUACAAGGUUAUAGGGGAAGAACUUUUCAAAAACAUUUUAUUGGCAAUGGCUGCUAUCUUAGUUGUUAAUUUUGUGUUCAUUGCAAGCCCAGUGACAUCAGUGCUUGUGUCCCUUUGUGUCAUUUUCACGGUGGUUGAUGUCGCUGGAUUGAUGUACUUUUGGGAUUUAACGAUUGACACAGUUUCAACUGUUGUGCUUAUCAUUGCUAUUGGUUUAUCUGUGGAUUAUGCAUCUCAUGUUGGACACACAUUUUUGAUAAAAUCUGGUACAAGAAAAGAAAGAACAAUUAAAAUGUACCGUGAUAUCGGUCCAGCGGUAUGGAAUGGUUGUUUCAGUACAUUUUUAGCGAUUGCUCCGUUGGUUGUCUCAAAAUCUCACGUUUUUAUAACAUUUUUCAGGAUUUUAAUUGGUGUCAUUAUUUUUGGUAUUUUCCAUGGACUUUUUUUCCUACCCGCCAUUUUAUCCAUUAUUGGUCCUCGUCCAUAUGAUUCAGCGGAAAAAAUAGACAGUUCUUCGACAUCUGGAGAUGUUUCAUACGAGAAAAAUAAAAACAAUCCUAAAGUUUUGUCGCAUACAAAUGAAGGUCUUCAGAAUGGAGAUGAUUUUCCUAAGAGUUCAGUCAAAGACACAUGAGUUUAAAGGUCAUGCUUUAAAACAAAAAAAUGCCAUGGAAAGAAAUGUCAAUGCACCAGUUUCAGUCGUUCAACUAUACACAAUUCAUUAUUGCACAUUUAACGAAACUGUUCGUAGUAGCGAGCUAUUGCAUAAAUAUGCAGCUAUUGAGGCUAAAUAGUUUAUUUUUUAUUCUCUUACUCACAAUGCUUAAAUAGAAAAUCAUUUUAACACGAAAAUAAAGGUUUUUGUUUCAA